UACCAGGUAUACCCGGAUUAAACGGUGAACAUGGAUUGCCAUGAAGCAAGGGGGAAAAAGGUAGCCGAGGAAUUAUGGGAUUGUCAGGUGAACUUGGUGAAAAGGGAGCACAAGGUUCUCCAGGUGUUCAAGAAAUCAAAGGCGUUCAAGGCCCUCCAGGUAAUAGAGGACUGAAAGGCGAAAAGGGUUACAUUGGAAAACAUGGACCGAUGGGUCCAAAGGGGGAUACUGGUAGCAUUGGCGAAAAAGGACAUCUUGGACCUCGCGGUCCUGUCGGACAAAAGGGUGACAUGGGGUCUCGAGGGAGUAAAGGAGAUACUGGAUCACCAGGUAUCACUGGUGCUAAAGGAGCCAAGGGGUCCCAGGGAAGCCGGGGUGUCAAUGGUGCCAUUGGCGCUAAGGGAAUCAAAGGGUCAUCAGGAUCUCCAGGUGCUACCGGAGCCACUGGUGUUAAGGGGGCUAAGGGUUCACAAGGCAUUCGGGGUACUUCUGGAAUCAAUGGUGCUAAAGGAGCCAAAGGGUCACAAGGGAUUCGGGGUGCUACAGGCACCACUGGUGCUAAAGGAGACGAGGGUUCUCAAGGAAUUCGGAGAGUUAAUGGACCUACCGGAACCACUGGUACCAAGGGAGCCAGAGGUCCACCAGGACCUCGGGGUGCUACUGGGACCCCGGGUCCACGGGGCCCAAAGGGAGGCCCAGCAGUUAAUCCUAUAGACCCAUGUACUUCCAAUCCCUGUGUGAAUGGGAUCUGUAGAAAGUCAAGCUCUUCUUAUUCAUGCAUCUGUAAUCGAUGCUACUCAGGAAGCAGAUGUCAAUACUAUGAUUCUAAACGCUGCUUAAUCGAGCCCUUUGACCCCUUCGAGCCACUGAAGUAG